AUGUCUGGACUUUCGGAUCCGGGGUCGAGUGUCUACGACUCGGCCACAAUGCACGUGGGAGACGGAACAUGGGAUUCGCAGCGCAACACUUUUCUGCUGCCCAACUUGCAAGGCCCAAACUUUGAGACGAUGCGAUUGAAUGGCAUGGGCAAUCGUUUCCGUAGCAUGGCCGGCUACAAGGCUCUCAUCACAGCGCACGGCGUUUUAGCUGCCAUUGCUUUCCUAUUCGUGAUACCGGCAGCUAUCUUUAUGGCUAGCUUCUACCAUCGGAACCCGCGAACCGCAUUGCGAGUCCACAUCUGGUUGCAAGUGCUGGCAGUUCUUCUCUCAACUGCUGCCAUCAUCUGCAGCUUCCAGGCUGUCGGCCUCGAAAGAUCCCUGACCAACCCGCAUCACGGCAUUGGCGUUGCGCUAUAUACUCUUGUCAUGGUGCAAGCUCUAGGUGGCUCUGUCAUACACAGACUAGAGAAGGGCAAGGAACGGUUCAAGAUUCCUCUCAAACUUAUGAUCCACCAAUGGCUAGGCCGUACUAUCGCACUCCUUGGAAUUGCCCAGGUUCCCCUGGGUUUGACUCUCUAUGGAUCACCGCUAGCUUUGUUCAUCCUUUUUGCCAUAUGGACGUUCAUCCUAGUGGUCCUCUACUUCGUCCUUUCGUACAGGACCCAACCAGAGAUGGACUUUGAUGAUCGUAGCACAUACGUAACCGAUAUGACCUACAGUACCAGGAGAAGCCGGCGGACGAGUAGAGGGCCUGGCGCUGGAAAGCUUGCAGCAGCCGGUGCAGCCGGUGCAGGAUUAGCCGCAUUGGGGUCAAGAAGAUCUCGAAGCCGUACUCGCAGCCGACGUGGCGGUACAGUGAUCAGUUCACGUCCUGGCUCUCGUUCUCGGCGUGAUUCACGUUCUCGUGUCGCCGAUUCUGAGUUCACGGAAUCCUACCUGAGCGACGAAAAAUACGGUGGUGAUCGCAACAAGGGUUCCACAUGGAAAGACCGUCUUUUAGGGGCCGGUGCCGCGGCUGGGGGCAUCUUCGCCGUGAAGAAGCUGUUCACUCGCAAGCCAAAGCAUCCUCCAACAGAGACAGGAAGCGACUUCAGUUACAGCCGCCCAAUUGAACCCUCCGAAGUCACUCAGACCGACCUUUCUAGACUUGAAGAAGGAAGAGCGCCUGAGUCUCCGGCAAACCGUCGAGACAACUGGCGUCGUGACAAUCCGCAAGCAUCGGCAAUGUCUGGAAGUAAUCUACGGAGUGGUCAUCGUCCAGCUGGAAGUGUAACAUCGAUCGACUCUUUCGAUAGUCGGACCAGUCUUAGCGAAGAGACCGAGAUGAGACCUAGGGAUCGAUCAUAUGGACUUAAGGAAGGAGUCGCUUCGCUUGGUGUGGUUGGUUUCCUGAAGCAUUCUCUGAGCAGACGCAGUAAGAAGAAGGAAGACGAGCGUGUGGAAGAGAUGAGGCAACAGGAUGAAGAAGAAGAACGCAUCGCUCGCAUGAACAGCCAACGUCGUAAGAAAUACACGGGCGAUGGAACGCCGAGGAGAGGCAACAGACCGCCAUCUACUAUUCUGUCUGACAGCGACAUGACCGGGAUUACACCUUCAGUGGCACCACGUCCACCCCGACCUAUGGAGUCUACCGUCACGCCCAACCCUAGUCGUCCUCCUCGCGCUGGUGUAUAUAGUGUCCUGUCCGACUCUGGAUCCGAAGCCUAUGACUCUCCUGGAGGCCGUCACCAUAGCCGACGUCGCACCGGAGACAAUCCUGUGCUGCCCGCUGGUGCGGCUGCAGCAGGCACGGUGACUUCUGCUGGAUCACCUUCGAAGAAGGAGCGCCGCGGUAGUAGAGACGACGUGGCAUCUCCUCCUGUAUCGGUGAAAGUCAAGAUGCACAAUGACGGUCGACAUGUCACCCUACGACGACUAAACGAAGAAGAAGCAGCAGCAGAACGUGAGGCAAGGAGGAAGGACCGUCGAAAGAACCGCGCUGGUAGUGUCAGUUCACUGAGUGGCGUUGGAGGAGACCGCUGGCGCAGGACGGAAGCCAUGGAGGCAGCACAAGCACAAGAGAUGGCACAGCAAUCUGGAGUGCCUCCGCCUAUGCCCAUGCCUAGUUCGAGCACCUUACGCAUGCCCGAGGCCAACAUUCCUCCUCCUCCACCAGGUCCACCACCGAUGUUCGGUAACAACCAAAACCUAUCUCCGGACUACGGCAACAUCCCACCUCCUCCGCCGAUCCCAGCGGCGGACACUGUUUUGAGCGGUAGUCCUAUCUACGGCAAUGGCACGGAAACGGACCUUAGUAAUUACGAUUCCAACAGGCGCAGGCGGAGAGCAGAGCGCGCACAGGCUAAGCAAGCUAGGUUAGGAGGAAGUCGCGUUGAGUUUUCAUAA